AGCCCGGCAGUGGUUCACCACACCACGAUAAACAGAUGACGAGACUCUAAAACCCAAUAAUCAAAUUAUUAUUGGUUGUGGUUUUUGCAGAGAGGACUUGGGUUCUUCUCUUCUCUGAUCGGAGAGAAAUGAGUUUCAGGGAUGACAAUGAAGAAGGGAGGGAUGUCAGGAAGCCUUUCCUUCAUACUGGGAGCUGGUACCGUAUGGGUUCCCGCCAGUCCAGUAUGAUGGGCUCCUCUCAGGUCAUGAGGGAUAGCUCCGUUUCUGUUGUGGCUUGUGUUCUCAUCGUCGCUUUGGGUCCUAUCCAAUUCGGCUUCACUUCUGGGUAUUCUUCUCCGACGCAAUCAGCCAUCACUGCUGAUCUUGGACUGUCAGUGUCAGAGUAUUCGCUGUUUGGUUCUUUAUCAAAUGUGGGUGCCAUGGUGGGGGCUAUAGCCAGUGGUCAGAUUUCUGAGUAUAUUGGGCGCAAAGGGUCUUUAAUGAUCGCCGCGAUUCCUAAUGUCAUCGGCUGGCUUGCCAUAUCAUUUGCCAAAGAUUCGUCAUUUCUCUACAUGGGAAGGUUGUUGGAAGGAUUUGGCGUGGGAAUAAUCUCGUAUGUGGUGCCCGUAUAUAUUGCAGAGAUAGCGCCUCAAAAUUUGAGAGGCGCUUUGGGUGCAGUCAAUCAGCUCUCUGUAACUAUUGGGAUACUGCUGGCUUAUUUGCUUGGACUUUUUGUUGAAUGGAGAUAUCUUGCAGUUUUGGGAAUAUUGCCUUGUACGAUAUUGAUACCUGGGCUGUUUUUCAUUCCUGAAUCACCUCGAUGGCUGGCAAAAAUGGGUAUGACAGAGGAUUUUGAAGCCUCUUUGCAAGUUCUACGAGGAUUUGAUACUGAUAUUUCCAUUGAAGUGAAUGAGAUAAAGAGAUCUGUGGCAUCAACAACCAGAAGAACAACAAUAAGGUUUGCAGAACUCAAACAAAGAAGAUACUGGCUUCCUUUAAUGAUUGGAAUUGGACUGCUUGUUCUUCAACAGCUUAGUGGAAUUAAUGGCGUUCUAUUCUAUUCCAGUACCAUCUUUGAAACUGCUGGGAUUACAUCAAGUAAUGCUGCCACAUGUGGCCUUGGUGCUGUUCAGGUAAUAGCAACUGGUGUGACUACCUGGUUGGUGGACAGAGCAGGCCGUCGACUUCUGCUUAUUAUCUCCUCUGCUGGAAUGACAAUUAGCCUCCUAGUUGUUUCUGUAGCAUUCUAUCUGAAGGAAUAUGCAGCGGUUGAUUCAGGUUUCUAUAGUGUGUUGAGCAUCAUUUCAGUGGUUGGAGUAGUGGCCAUGGUAAUUGCCUUCUCUCUGGGUGUAGGAGCUAUUCCAUGGAUCAUAAUGUCUGAGAUUCUUCCAAUUAAUAUUAAAGGCCUUGCUGGAAGUAUAGCAACACUUGCCAAUUGGUUUGUAGCCUGGGUGGUCACUAUGACUGCAAACUUGCUACUGGAAUGGAACAGUGGAGGAACCUUCACCAUUUAUAUGGUUGUGAGUGCUUUUACUGUUGUAUUUGUUACCAUUUGGGUCCCCGAGACAAAGGGCAGAACUCUGGAAGAGAUUCAGUGGUCCUUCAGAUGAGGUUUCCUUUCCCCUUCUUUCAUAUCGCGGCUUUACAGUGCCUUCUUCAUCAAUUAGAAGAAACCAAUUCUGCAUUCUGCAAUCCCAUUUUGAGAAAUUCCUACAGAAACUGUGUGGCAUCAAAGGUGCAUAUUUUUGUGGCAUAAAAGCAGGCAUCAUCUUCGGCCAGCAAUGCACUGAACUUCGUGCUCUAUUGCUACAUUCGUUGUAAUCGGCUGUAAUCCAACAGUUGUCGUACACUUCAUAAAAUUCAUUGAAUCAAUUUUUCGAGCUACCAGCUUUCCAUGGUCCUAUAUUUGUACAAAACUACAAACUUGAUCAGUUUCAUUUGAAGUUUUGAACCCC